AACAAAUAAAAGCCCAAAUAUUUAUAAUUUUAUACCUGAUUCCUGAACCUCAGAACCUGAUACGGUGAGGUGAGCAGUUGAGACUUGAGAGAGUCGGAGAGCAGAGAAUCAGAGAGAGGCUGAGGCGGUCCAGCUGGAGACUGAACAGUGGAGACUGGAGACUAGAGAGAGGCGGAGAGCAGAGACUAGAGAGAAAGUGUUUUUGUAGAAGCACAGAGGCAGAUAAAAGCGUUGAUUAUUGUUCAAGAAGAGUUACUGAACUAAAUUGGCAAGUACUUACAACUUGCCAUGCCCUUAAACUUUAUGCAGGACAAUGUUCAACAACCAAGGGCAAGGAGAGUGCCCGGCUAUUGGGAUCGAUCUGGGUACAACGAAUUCAUGCGUGGCAGUGUGGCAAAAUGGAAGAGUAGAGAUAAUAGUGAAUGAUCAGGGCAAAAGGACCACACCCUCCUAUGUUGCUUUCACUCCUACGGAGCACUUGAUCGGUGAUGCUGCCAUGAACCAGGUUCCCAGGAAUCCCACCAACUCUAUCUUUGAUGCGAAGCGGUUGAUUGGUAGGAGAUUCAGUGAUCCCUUGGUUCAGAGCGAUAUCAAUCUCUGGCCAUUCAAGGUCAUUGAAGGUCCUGGUGACAAGCCUAUGAUUGUGGUGAACCAUAAGGAUGAAGAGAAGCACUUUGCUGCUGAGGAAAUCUCAUCAAUGGUCCUAAUGAAGAUGCAAGAGAUAGCCAAAGCCUACCUGGGAAAAACUGUGAAGAAUGCAGUUGUUACUGUCCCCGCCUACUUCAAUGACUCCCAGCGUAAGGCUACAAAGGAUGCCGGAGACAUUGCAGGCCUGAAUGUCCUACGCAUAAUCAAUGAACCAACUGCUGCAGCCAUUGCUUUUGGUCUUGACAAGAUGGCUUUGGCAGGUAGCAUUAGCAAGAGAAAUGUGUUGAUUUUUGAUGUGGGUGGUGGUACUGCUGAUGUCUCUCUACUUACCAUUGAGAAGGGAGUCUUCAAAGUGAAAGCGGUUGCUGGGGACAAUCACCUUGGAGGUGUGGACUUUGAUGACAGAAUGUUAAAACACUUUGUUGAAAUAUUUAAGAGGCAGCACAAGGUGGACAUUAGUGGAGACUCCAGAGCUCUUAGGAGGUUGAGAACUGCUUGUGAGAAAGCAAAGAGGAUUCUUUCUUCUGCAACAGAGACUACCAUUGAAGUUGACUGUUUAUAUAAUGGUAUCGAUUUCUCUCCAACUAUUACCCGUGCCAAAUUUGAGGAACUCAACAUGGAUUUGUUCAAGAAGUGUAUCGAACCUGUGGAGAAGUGUUUGGCUGAUGCUAAGAUGAAAAAGAGUUGCGUCCAUGAUAUUGUUCUUACAGGUGGUUCUUCUAGAAUCCCCAAGCUGCAGCAGCUGUUGCAGGACUUAUUUGAUGGGAAGGAGCUCUGCAAGAGCAUUAAUCCGGAUGAGGCUGUGGCUUAUGGAGCUGCUGUUCAAGCCGCCAUCCUGACCGGAAUGGGUAAUGAAAAAAUUCAAGACAUCAUACUCUCAGAUGUCAACCCUUUGUCCCUCGGAGUUGAGGAAUAUGGAUCGAAGAUGUCUGUUUUGAUUCCAAGGAAUACUGCCAUUCCCACCAGGAUGGAGAGUAAAUACAUCAGCGCCUUUGACAACCAGACUUCUAUAUCUAUCUUAGUUUAUGAGGGUGAGAGAGCAAGAUCUUGUGAUAACAACUUGUUGGGAAAAUUUAAGAUUCCUGUUACUCCUGCACCCAGGGGUGUUGCUAGGGUAACAGUUUGUUUUGAUCUUGACAUCAAUGGUAUCUUGAACGUUUCUGCGGAGGAGAAGACCACUGGCGUGAAAAGGAAGAUCACUAUUACCAAUUAUAAGGGGAGACUGUCCAAUGAAGAGGCUGAGAGGGUGGUCCAAGAUGCAAAGAGAUUCAAGGAUGAAGAUGCCACACACGUAAUGAAGGUUAAGGCUAAGUUGGAUUUGGAGAACUAUGCCUACAAGAUGAAGAAUGAUAUAAAUAGCAAGAUACUUGGUGCCACGCUUCCCUUUACAUUUCAGAAAAAGUUUAAAGAUGAUGUUGAACGUGUGAUUCAAUGGUCCAUAGAAGACAGACAGGUUGUGGCUUUAAAACCGUAUCAGGACAAGCUAAAAUUCCUCAAGAGAAUCUGCAGUUACAUCAGGAAUAAUGACAACCACGUCAUGGCUUAUCGGUGGCGAGCCAAGAAUUUGUCUUUGGGGGUGCCGAAUAAAAAAUGUGAUAAUUAAAUUGUUGGAGAUUUAGAAAAAUCUCUCCUAGUUCCACCAUUAACGAUCCAAAAUGAUGCUUUGGGGUUCAAUUACUUCAUCGGGUUCCACCAUUGACUAUCCAGAAGGUGCUCUUUGAGUUAGACCCAUGGAGAUUUAGAAGUGUGCUUAUUGAAAGUUGAAGUUCUACUAUUAGAACCCAAAACAGAAAGUUUAUUAUUUUCUAAAUUAUUAUAUUUCUUUCUUUUGCAUAAUGAAUUAAUAGUUUUUAGGCUAAAAUCCAAAACUUACUUUCUAAGUUUUGCAAUUUUUCAUUUCAAUCUCUAAGUUUAGGUUUUGUCAUUUUAGUCCUUUAAGUUUUAUUUUUUUCUAAUGAAUCACUAUAUCUGCAGCUAUGAACAAGUCUUCUAUCCCUUUGAAGACUAUAGCUAUGUAACCAUUUCAUGUCUCACCUACUUGCAAAUCCUUUGUGAAUAAAUUUAGGAUUACCUCUGUUUAGUUUUA